AUGCAGUACAUACCGGCCAUCCUCACUUUUGCAGUCCUUCUCGUCAUCCAGCCAGCGUCAGCCAUUACCGAAAGUCCAGGCUGUGGCAAACUUCUCGCCCCUGGAAUCAAGACCGGCGGCACUGGUUUCAGCAACGACCUUACUCUCACAAGCAAUGGAUUGACAAGAAAUUACCUCCUCCAUUUACCGACCAACUACGCGCCUACCAGAGCUCAUGGCCUCAUCUUCUCAUUCCAUGGAAGAGGCGAGACAGGCGCCUAUCAGGAGAAGCUGUCGAAGUUCUCCAACGGCGAUUUGAAUCCGCACAUGCUGGCGGUUUACGCCGAUGGCAUUGACGGACAGUGGCAGGGCGAUCCAGCUGCGACGACUGACGAUGUGAAGUUCACGUUGGAUAUGCUGGAACAGAUCUCGAAGGAGUUCUGUCUUGAUCUUGAGAAAGUAUAUGCUAGUGGGUUCAGCAACGGCGGGGGUUUCGCAGCCAACAUCCUCGCCUGUGAUCCGGUCGCCUCGACCAAGAUCGCCGCUUUCGCCGGCUUCGCUGGAGCAUACUAUCAAAAGACAGACAGGAGCUGCGAUGCUACUACCGUGCCCAUCACAUGCAACCCAGGACGAAAGCCCAUUCCGAUCUUCGAGAUCCAUGGCUCAGCGGACGGCGUCAUCGCGUACAACGGCGGCCCAAGACGCAAUCGAUGUCUGCCAUCGUUGCCGCAUUUCAUGACUGAGUGGGCGAAGAGGAACGGGUUGGGGAGUAGGAACGAGAGUAUCACUCUAGAUGACGGAAGAGUUGUGAAAUAUGAAUACGGGAAGGGAGAGAAGAAAGGGGCCAACACGCACUAUUGGGUCCAGGGGCUGGGGCACGCCUGGGCAUCUACGAAGGCUAAUGUCGGUGGCUGUUGUUCUUUGAUUAAUGGGUCUAGUCUGGCGAUGGAAUUCUUCGAGAAAUGGACGCUGAACGGCGUUGCAAGCCGUUCAUCGGCUUCACUUCCAUCGUCUUCGCCAAAGACAGCAGCCGCGACCUCGACGAUCAAACCAAGCACCGCAGAAACAAAGACUGCUCAAUCUUCUAAACCCACCAAUACAACCUCCUCGGCAUCAUCUCCCUCGCCGGUCUGUCCUGCGGCGAACGGCACCACUUUGACGACGACCGAGAAGACCAAGUUCCAGAUUCUCUGUGGCUACGAUACCACGGCUUCGUACUAUGGCUCACCCAUCUACGACCUUCGAAGCUUUGGCAAAUGCAUUGCAGCCUGCGAAGACGAUGACGAUUGUGGCCAUGUUUCGUAUAAUGGAGUAUGUUAUUUGAAGAGAAGUGUGAAGGGGUUGAAGAAGGCUGGGGGCAGUGCCAAUCGUGUUGCAGUAAAACUGGGAUGA